AUGUCCAAUAAAGACGCAGAGGAAGUAAAAGAAGGAUUAGAAGAGGCUAUGUCAUCCGGUUUACUUUUGAAUUAUCCUUUGCUUGAUAUAAAAGUUACUUUAUUAGAAGGAAAAAGGCAUAUGGUAGAUACCAAACCAGGUGAUUUCAAAAAUGCGGCAGUUUUAGCCUUCCGAGGCGAUGGAGUAGCCGAAAAAGAAAAAAGAAUUCAAGAAAUGGGAGUAGUUUUAUUGGAACCAAUUAUGCAAGUAGAAGUAAUUAUUCCUAAAGAUUAUAUAGGAGAUGUUUUGGCUAAUCUUGGUUCACGCCGAACAAUAAUUGAAAACACGGAAGAAAAAGAAGGGGAAAGUUAUAUUACCGGUAAAACUCCCCUCAAAGAAAUCCUCAAUUAUUCGACUACUUUACGGCAAUUAACCAAGGGCCGCGGCACUUAUUCCAUGUAUUUAUCCCAUUAUCAGGAAGUUCCUGCUGAGGUGUUAGCAGAAAUAUUAAAAGAAGAAAAAUUCAAGGAAAAGGGAGAGACAUCAGAAGAGUUUAUAAGGAAAUUUAUCUACUUGUAUGAAGAUUAUACCAAAAUUGUCGAACAAGUUAAAGAUAAGUUGAAUCAAGAAAAUUCCCCUAACUCACCAGGCAAAUCAAAUCACAACUCAAAAAAUCUUCGUAUCAGCAAAUUAGAUCAAGAAAAGAAGCAAUUGGAAAGAGAAAAAAAAGAAUUAGAGGAAAAAUUAGCCGAACAAGGAUUAGGUUCAGACGAGAAAAAAAGUAAAGAAUUAGAACUGGAUAACAUUCGCAGAUUGCUGGAAGAAAAUGGGAAAAGGCGGGAAAAAUUAAAUGGAAAAGGAGAUAAACCAGUUAACUCUCAAAAAGAUAACAUUAAACUUAAUUGA